CUAGUCCAUUACCAUUUAGCAUCAUUUCCUAGGGUAUCAUCAUUGCACUACCAAGUCUAUUUUAUCUUAUUCUAGAUGGGAUCUUGGGGAAACUGUCAUUGGGUCGAUUUGAGUGAGCUCCUUAGUUAACUAAUCUAUCCAUGUAGGGUGUCUGGCAGUGUUUCGCAGGCCGCCGUUGUACGGUCUGGGAUAUAGCUUUUCCUUCUUUUUCUAGCAUCCACUGUUCUACACAGCUUGGAUCUGCGAAAUGUCCAAGCGAUCUCGAGAUAACGAACGCACUUCGUCUCCUGCACCGAAGCGUCUCCGCGCCACUGCGGAUCGAACAGACCGCCUUUCAUCCUUGAGUGAUGAGCUACUCAUUCAGAUUCUCUCAUUUCUCCCGAUACCGUCGCUCAUAACAUGCCAAAGACUAUCCCGCCGGUUUCAUUCCCUCGCCGGGGACUCCGAACUAUGGAAAAGACUAUACUACUCGCGAUGGGUGUGGCCCCGCGCCCGUCGGUUGGCGAAUUCAAAGCACUCGAUAUCAUCCCAGAAAGCACUUGAUUACUCCCCAAGGGUGUCGAAAUGGCUAGGUCAUGGCCACCUCAUGGAGGAAGGCAGGGCGACAAAUUGGAAAAGACAGUACCGGCUCAGGCAUAACUGGUCCAAGGGUAGCUGCCGGGUCAGCGAAGUCGAGGUCGCCCAACCGCCCGUUCCACAGAUAUUGGUGAAACUCUAUGCAGGCAUGGUGUUCACUGCGGAUAGUGAUUGCGGGUUAAGAGUGUGGUCUACAAGAUGUCCCAGUCGCUGCUUGGCAAGUUUUCCAUUUCAAGACGUCGCAGGGAGGGUAUCUGCUGCUCCUACAGCUCUUGCUGCAGCCAAGGGUUCGUCUCAAAACAGCAUCGAAGUCACUGUUGGAUUCGAAGAUGGCCGUUUUAUGGUUUAUGAGUUGCAGACGCCUACCUUGCGCUUGGUUCUACGACUCUGCCAUGCAGCAUCAUCUGGGGGUGCAGUGACCGCGGUCGCAUCGUCGUCACCUUAUGUUCUUAUGAUAUCCCAGCAUAAGGUGCUGUCCUUGUACGAACUCCCCUGGAGGAAGAUCGAUACAAGCACUGACGCGACACUGGAACCUCCGCGGCGGGUGGCUUCUCUUACUGCUAACAACAUCUUCGCGCCAAUAUCAUUGUCCAUACGGAAUUCUGCUUCGGAAAUCGUGGCAUCGAUAGCAUACAGCUUUUAUCGCGUAGGCUGUGGUUGGUCCCUUGGCAUUCAGGAGCUGCGUCUUAGUAACGACGGUGAACAUCUCGGUUCUCGACUCGCCACUACGGUGGAUUCCCAGUACGGUACAGAUCUAGUCAGACUUCCCAUAGAACCUGGGACAGGACGACGACAUGGACCAGUGGCGCGCCAAUUUCCUGCAAUACCCGCUGAGCCUUCUAUACUGCACAACGAACCCCCUACCUCACUGUCUUAUUCACACCCUUACCUUCUGAGUUCGCACGCGGACAACACGCUGACCAUGUAUCUCGUCGUGUCGACAUCUAACGCCUUAUCCAUAAAGGGAGGGCGGCGACUUUGGGGCCACACAUCCUCAGUCUCGGGUGUACAAGUCAGUGAACGCGGUAAAGCCGUCUCGGUCGGCGCGCGAGGCCAUGACAUACGAAUUUGGGAACUCGAGGCUGUGGCGUCCUCCCCGUUCUCGUCACAAAGAUCAUUACAGGGAGAUAGCAGUGUCCAGGUCAGUCCCGAAAAUAAACACCGCAGAAAAUCCGUGGAGUUUGGCAUAGCGCCAGUCUCCCUGGACGCCAGUUGCGGACAGCUGCGAUCGGUGUUUGAAGACCUCUCCGAAGAGUUAUCGUCGAGAGAUAGCUGGAUCGGAUUUGAUGAGGAGCAGGUAAUCGUGCUCCGUGAGAGAGGGGUGGGGACCCAGUUGCUUGAGUGCUAUGAUUUCACAUAGGCUGGGCCAGGAGCGGACUUUUACUCUUUAUGUAGAUAAUAGAUAUUGUAUAGAUCGUCCUCCAUCGAUAUCAUCGAAUCCAUCUUGAUGUCUGCAAAGAUCGCCCCGCCCUGUUGGCCAGAAAUUAGAAUCAGAUAGCCCUGUCAAAGAUCGUCAGAAGAGCAUCUUAGUUAGCAGUUCCGCGUCAGGACUCUGUAGUAUGGGUGCAGCGCAGCGGCCCGCACGACAAUCGCGCAAUAGAAAGGCCUAGGAUCAACAGAUAAAGACCACUGAUCUUCGAGUUCAUGCUCGAAUUGAUAGCAGUCUCGAGUAGUAGUAAGGUCACUUGCAGGCCGACGGAGAGUACCUUUGGGAAGGCGAGCACGCGUCCCGACUGAACGGAUAUAAGGAAGCUUCUGGUGCGAUUUAUCUGAGACAGCGUUU